AUGGAACUUGCCAACUUCAUCUCAAAGGAACCAUUGAUCUUGACACAGAGUUUUAAUAAAGGAAUAAUUCCUUCAUUUGAUAUCCUUAAGAGCAUUCUCCAGACUGACCAAAACGUCAUUAAAAUGAUUAAACGGAAUUAUUGGAUUCUCGGUACAAACCUUGUUAAAAGAUUGAUGGUCAACCUAGAGCUUUUGAGAAAGGAAGGCGUCCCUGCAACUAAUGUUUCUAAGUAUCUAAUCCAAAACCCAAGAACAUUUGCUGCAGAUGCGGAUAUAUUUAAAGAGAUUGUAGAAAAGGUUAAAGAUAUGGGUUUCAAUCAUUUACAAACCAGAUUUCUUAAAGCUAUAGUUGUAUUUACAAAAAUUAGUGAAGUCAAUUGGAGUAAUAAGAUGGAUGUUUACAAGAGAUGGGGUUGGUCCGAGAAUCAAAUUCAAGCAGCAUUUAGGAGGCCUCCCGGUUGUAUGACGGCUUCUGAGAAGAAGAUUAUGGCGGUUAUGAAUUUCCCUGUGAAUGAAAUGGGUCACUGA